AUGUCAGAUCCAAGUAACAUUGUCAGCCAGAAGAAUCUCUUUGACGGGGAAAUAGAUGAGGAGGAAAAUGUGAUUUUAACCCUGGUCCCAGUUACAGAGGAAUUCGAACAAGGAUUCAAUGAGGAAUCAAGUGUUUCUUCAACUGCAGAUUUCCAAGGUGCGGGCAUCGUACCUAUGAGUUCUAGGAACAGCGAUGCAGUUCACCUUCUGCAAAUGAAUGAAGAGUUCAAAGCUCGCCCAAAACUUAGGUAUAAAGCACCAGCACCUCCCUUGCCAACCACGUUGCCCCCGGUGAACGAGGUGACCCGGGACACCUUGCGUAGCUGGUGCCAGCAGUUUAACCUGAGCACCGACGGCCAGAAAAUAGAGGUCUACCUGAGGCUCCAGAGGCACGUGUACCCCCAGCAGCAAUGUGACAUCAUCCCUGGAACACUAGAAGACUCCAAACUACAGCUAAAUUUCAGGAAACACAAGGUGGCAACCGGGAGGAAAAGGCAUGUGAACCCUUUGUAUAAGCUCAAGAAAGGCGAGACCAACGUAGUGGAAGUGGUGACUUCAGCUCAGAACUCCAUGUUGGCAUCCUGGGCCAGAAUAGCAGCCAGAGCCACACAGCCCAAGGCUGCGACCUCCUGUCCCAUUCCUAGUCCUGUGGAGGCCUUCUUGCCGCAAGCCCCUGGUUGUCGGUGGUGCGUGGUCCACGGCCAGCUUCGCUCUGCAAAUGUGGAGGGCUGGGUGCGCCUGCAGUUCCAAGGGGGCCACUCCUGGGUCCCCAACACUUCCAGGGGGAUGGCCUUCCUUUUCCUGUUACCUGCCUGCAUCUUCCCGUCCCCAGGAAUGGAAGAUAACAUGUUAUGUCCUGAAUGUGUUCAAAGGAAUAAGACGAUGACAAAAUUAAUUAUGGAAGAGAAAGUGAAACAUCCUGUAGAAGACCAGAAUACGUCACCCCAAAACAUGCCGCCUUAA